AAUGAAUUCUUCUCCUUCAAAUACUUCCAAAAAGCCUUUAUUUUCCGAAAAAGUUAAAAAUUCAAAAAAUAUUCCUCCUUCCCCUCCAACAUCUUUAAGUCAAUUAACCAUUAAUAACACCACCAACAACAUGCCAGAUUUAAUUUCCCCCCGUCCAACAUCCUCUUCUUCUUCCUCUUCUUCAUUUUUGUCAAUUUCAAGUCGAAAUUCUUCAUUUUCCAAAAAACGACAAAUUUCAAAUUUUUCCUACGAAAAUUCCAAAAAUGAUAAUAAAAAAGAAAUUAAUUUUUUUAAAAACAAAAUGCCAACAACAACAAUUAUUAAUGGACAACAUCAACAUUAUCAUCAAAAACCGCGUCAACGUUGGCGUAAAAGAAGAAAUGUUUUUACUCAAAAGAAGAGUUUAACGACAAAUUCAAUAAAGUCCUCCUCUAAUAUAAGCCCUUCAAUGUUAUCCUUAUCUUCUUCUUCAACUUCUUUAUCUUCCUCAUCUAGUGGGAUUUGUUGUAGUCAUUUAAGUAUUGGUUCACAUACGGCUAUAAAUUCAUCAACUACUAAUACUUGUUGGUCAUCUUCGGAAACGGAAGUAGAAAAGAAUGAGAAUAAAGGAAAUUGUAAUAAUGGAAAGGUCAAAGUUUCUCAACAAUCAAAAAUAAUUAAUAACGAAAAUAUUAAAAAUGAAGAAUUAGAAAUUAUAAAAAAUGAAAGUGAAGAACAAAAUAAUUUAAAAGAAUUUGGGAAUGAAAAUGAAGAGGAGAUAUUUAUGUUAGAUUUAUCCCAUCCAGGGUUAAGGCAAUUUUAUUUUCAACAAAGAUUGUUCUUUCGUCAAAUUUAUGAUCAGCAACUGGCUGCUCUUUCUGCACGUCUUGGAUUGAUUCCCCCUCCCGGCGAUCGUUAUUCUACAUUUCCUCAUAAACACAGAAACAAUAAAGAUUUCAAUGGAUAUUCGACAACAUUUAUUAAAAAAUACUUCCCUCCCCCACAUCAACAUCUUGGUUAUCCCCCAGCACCUCCAAUCCCCUUCCAACCAUUUAACAACAAUUUUUAUUUUAAUCCUUCUUGUACUUGUUGUUGUUGUUUGGAAAACAAUAAAAAUGAAAAUGAAAACAACAAUACAGCAACAAAUUUAUCAGAAACUAAAAACGAAACGCCAAUACAGUAUGAAGGUAAAUAAAAAUAUUUUUAAGAAGAAUAACGGUAUGGGGGUCGGUUGAUUGACUUUAACUUUUUUUAUUUUUGUUCCAAUCCAAAUGAAUCUUAUAUCAUUCGGAAGUUCUCGAUAAGCGGUAUCUCUUAUCAAUUUGUUUGGUCAGUUGUCAAGACUCGAGUUGUCGGUUCUGGACCGAACCGAAGAAUCGAGGAUUUUUUGGUUCAGUUCUUCUGUUCAGUUUCGGAUAUCUGAAGAAUUUCCAGGAAUCGACAACCCUAGUCAAGACUUCAUUAAAAAGUUAAUGAUAAAUCAUGAGUAUUCCCCUGUGCUGGGUUUGGCUCCGGGGAGCUACCUCCGGAGCUCGGCCUCGAGUCAAGAUUCUAAAAGCCUGGAGUCAGAGCUAACAAAUGCUCAAUACCCAGCACUGGUAUUCAGUCAAUCAGCCAUCUUAAAAAUUUUUUUAUAUAAAAAUAUACGAGCGAAAUUUUUUUUUGUGUUUUG